AUGCCCAAUUACAAAAAUUAUGCUAAUGAAACUGUAGUUUAUAACUGCGGCAGUUCUGAACAAAACUGCCGAAUUACUAUUGCCAUGGCUUCUGGCUUUAUAAUCAUGAACCAAUGCAAUGUUUCACAAAAUAAAGUCAAACAAGACACAGGCGGUUAUUCAUUAGAUGAUUUUACCUCUAAUUCAUACAUAACUUGUGUCAAUAUCAUUGAAAAUAAUCAAUCAUAUGAUGACCUUCAUUUCCACUCAACUUCUGAAUCAUAUGCAUCAACAUUUAAAGUUACUUCAUGUAAUUAUAUUAAAAAUAAAGGUCUAGAACAAAGUUGUCUGAUAUAUGCUUGGCAUUCUAAUACUUAUAUGAGUAAUUGCUGUAUUAGUGAGAAUGAAAUUCCUUACAUUUUUGCAGCAAAUGAAUGUACAAUAGAAUUUGUAAAUUCAACAACAGAUAGCGAUACAUCAGUUACAGGAAAUGAUAUUAAUUCACUAGUAUUUAAGAACACUGGUAUUCCACUUGAAAACAAAUGUCCUCUUUUGAACUUAGAUAUCCUCGAUUCAUUAAGAUAUAAAUCUAGGUAUUCUACUAAUGACAAAAACAUAGAAGGUAAAAAGCACUUUUAUCCUAAAAAUUAUGUUAAAUUUUUCUGUUUAUUCAUGAUUAGUAAACAAUCUCGAAAUUAA